AUGGCUGAAUCAAUAAAAAAUUCUGAUAAUAAUUCAUUUAGAAUUUUUUCAACACCUUCAAAUGAACAUUUAGUUUUUGCUGAAACACUUCGUGAUUGGCGUGAUCCUUUAUUACAUGGUUAUGAUCCAAUACCAGUACCACUUUGUCCACGUUGUAUGACGUGUAAAUGUGAAUCAUUAAAAAAUUUUCGUAAUGUAUCACUUAUUCCUAUUCAUCAUGAUCAUAAUCAUCAUCAUAAACAUGAACCAUCAUGUCCAAAUUUUCGUCAUCAACAUCAACGAGCUAAAACACCAAAUCAACAACGUACUAUGACUAAAUCUAAACGACGUGCUAUUUCACAUGAUCCAUCAAUAACAAUAGUAAAUACUUCAUCAUCAUCGUCAUCUAUAAUAAAAUCAAAAUCAGCUGAACAUUCUCCAUUAUUACAAUUAAAUGAUCGAAAAAAAUCAUUAUCAAAAAUACCGGUAAGAGUUUCAACACCAAUAAGUAAUUAUUCACUAUCAUCACCAUCAUCAAUUAAUAAAACUCAAUCGUCAAAUAAAAAAACAAAAAUUCCACGAUUAAUAUUAACUCCUAGUUUAUCAUUAUCACCAAAAACAACUGAUGAUUUAUAUGAAUUAGAUAGUUUAAAUGAUGAUGCUGAUCGAACAUCACAAAUUAUAUCUGAUAAUGAAACGACAUCAUUAAAAGAGAAACAGAAUAUAAAAACAAAUUAUCCUCAUCAAUUAAAUAAUAUGGAUGAACAAGUAUUAACAAAAAAGAAAAAAAAACAUAAACAUAAUAAAUCAAUAUUAGAUAAACGACAACGACGAGGUCGAUAUAAAGAAGGUCGUCAUUCAAAAUCAAAAUCUACAUCAAAUGAUUUAUUAACAUCCAGUUCUUUAUCAUCAUCAUCAUCUUCUUCACAAUCAAUUUCGCCAUUAAGAAAAAAAUCUCAUUCAUCACAUCGUCGUCUUUCAAAAUCUCAAAAUCGUUCAUCAUCAUCAUCAUCACAUAUAUCUGAAAAACUUCAAUCUUCUCAAAAUUGUCAACAUUCAAUAUUAACAUCUACUGAUCCAACAAAUUAUUUAUCACCUAAAUCAUCAUCAUCAUCAUCAUCAAUUUAUCUUAUUCAACUAACAAAUACAAAUAAUCAAAUUAAUUCAUUUGGUUUAACAAAAACAAUUCCAUAUGUUUGGAAAAAUACAAAUAUAAAUAUUAAUGAUGAAGAAAAUAAUAUUUAUCCAAAAUAUUCUAUUGAACAAAUUCCACCAAUAAUUCAUAAUAAAAAACGUUCUAUACCAAUAUUAUCACGUAAUAUUAUAUUACAACGUGGUCAAAUUGAUUAUUGGCAAAAUUUUGAUAUAUCACCAGAUUCUAUUUUAACAUCAUCAUGUCAAAAUUUAACAGGAUCAGCAUCUCAUUUACUUUUUUCAUCAUCAUCAUCAUCAUCAAUACAACAAACAAAAAAUUCUAAUCAUUCACAAGGAAAUAUUAUAUCAAUAACAACAACAAAACGUUAUCAACCAUCAUUAUUAAAUAAAACAAAAUAUAUAAAAUGGAAUAUUGAAGGAAAUGGUAAACAAUUACAAUAUUCAAAAACUAAAUGGCAUAGUGAUCAUCAAUUACAUAAACAUAAUCGUUUAAAAAAAAAAACAUAUCCAAAAAAAUCUUUAUCAGAUAAUCAUACAGAUACUGGAUCAUCUAGUGAACAAAAUAAUCGAUCAACACCAUUAAUUUUUCAUUCUGAUAAUAAUAAUUCAAAUCAUUUAAACAAAACUCAUGAAGUAUUAGAAAAAUCUUCGAUGAAUACUAAUACAAAACAAAUAGAUUCAAUUGUACCUGAUAAUAGUUUAUCUAAUUGUGAUAAAAACAAUAUAUCAUUAUCUAAAAAAUCUAAUGAAAAAACUAAUUAUUCAUUAUCAAAAUCUCUUCAUAAAUCUAAAUCUAAAUCAAAACCAAUAUCAUAUGCAAGUACAGAUGAAGAUGUUGAUGAAAUAAAUUCACAUUAUUUUGAAGAUAUUGAUCGACCAACAACAACAACAAUUGAAGAUUAUCGUGAAAAAUUAAAUACACGUUUAUUAUCUUUAAAUAAUGAACAAAAUGAAAAUCAUAUUAAUUUAAUAAAUUGUUCAAAAAUAUUAUCAACUGAAUAUUCACAAAUAACAAUUGAUUCAGGUGUUGAUAUUGAAAGUGAACAAAAAAUUUAUCAACCAAAUAUAACAUUAACUAUUGAUGAACAAUCAUCAGAAUUAAUAACAGAUCAUAAUGAUUUAUUUUUAUUAACUGAUAAUUCAUUUAUUGAAAAACAAUCAAUAAAAAUAAUUGAACAAGAAAGUAUUUGUUCAAUGAAAAAUAAUUUAUAUAAAACUUAUGAACUUGAAACAAUUAGUGAUGAUGAUGAUGAAGAUAAUAAUGUAAUUAAAAAUAAUUCAAAUGAAUUAAUUAUAACAACAGAAAAUUCAACAUUAAUAAAUCAUUCAACAAUAAUUCCUUCUCAAUUUGAAUUUAAAUUACCAACAUUUGGUGAAUGGAUUGAUCGUGCAUUUACAGUAUUUCUUUCAGAUACAAAUCAAUAUCAAAAUGAUUCAAUAUUAUCAAGUCGUUCAUCAUCAAUUGUAUCAAUACCGACUUCACAAAGUACAAUUAACACAUCAUCAUCAUCACAAAUAAUAACUGUUCUUGAUAAUUUUAAUUUAUCAAAUAUAUCAAAAGGUAAUAAUAGUGAUUUUCAUCAAACACAAACAUUUAUACAUCAAGAAGAACAAGAUGAUGAACAUAGUCUUAAUGGUAAAGAUUAA